AUGCUUCAACACUCUUAUCAAGCGACGUUGCUAGAAAGUGACGCUAUCGAGGAAUAUAGUCCCCUUGUGAAUGCAAUAGUAGACUUUGUAAAUGACAAGCAAGCCGAAAAUUGGUAUUUGACAACCAAAUGGUCUGGAUCUCUGUUACAAAUAGAAAACAGAAAUACUUUAAAACUUGCCAUCUGGAAGUUGAUAACAGACGAAUGGUUCGAUGUCAUUGUACAAGUGUUAGAUAGUGAGCGAUCCUUGCGUUUCAUAUCAGUAUUGCUUGCAACCGCAACAAAUGACUCUAUUCCGCAUACGUCAGUUACGGCAACUACUUUGAGUACAGUUCUAUUAAGAUCAGCGAAUUUCUACGAAGCUGAGUGCUUAAAAUCCUGUAGUAUGUCGGUAAUUAUCAAGCGUCUCAUCGAACAGUUUCGAAUUAUUGCCGGGAAUAAACAACAAAAUGACCUUUCUUUGAUGGCAGCAAAAAUGAUUGCAAAUACAGAUACGAAUGGCGCUUUCUCAGUUGAAAGGAACGAUAUAGCUGAAUUAACUGGCGUUCUUGAGACAUCAAGUGAGAGUAUGGAUUUGAAUAUUACAGAAGCAGCUACGAGCGCUAUUCAACGAGUAACUUCCUUGGUGAAAAUGCUUUUGAUUUUCCCAAGUGAACAUUAUGGAAAGAAUGAACGUUCCCGGGCAAUCCAUUUGGCGACACUUAUCGAUAUAUGGUCCGUUGGCUGUGUUGACGCUGAUCCUUUAGCACGUAUUACCUUGUCUAUAAUGUGUAGAACUUUUCAGUUGAGAUUUAUAAAUUAUUUCGCUAACAAUAGUAUCCAGGGGCUGGAACCAAAAUUAAUCAAUUGGCUGAUCCACAGCAAUUAUAGCUGGCCAACGGAUUCUGUUGACCAGCAACUUAUAGCAUCUAUAAAAGAAAUUAGCAACAAUUUAGAUGUUCAAAUUUUACGGAGAGUUUUCCCAAAUGCGACUGCUAAUGAACCUGAUGAAAAUUCGUACAGAUACCUUACAGAUACCCUUAGCCAGCGCAUAACACUUCAGACUGGUUUAGCAGAAGCUUCCUCCGUUCAAAGUCUCAUAAACCUCCUGUCUGCUGUUAAUUCAACCCUCAAGCAUAGAAAACCCUCUGAUCUAUCGAACAUUAUGUUUGUUACUGAGAUAAUCUCGAAAGUCAGCAGCUUCAUUAUUGACUCACUGCAAUCGUCAAAAGCAACUAUUGAACUAUUUUUAAAGCAACAGAAAGAUGAUCCCACCGAAAUUUUGAAUAACAGCCAACCUAUUUCCUUGCUUAGCAACAUUGAUUUAAUUUUACGCCUAACUUGCUUGCUUGAAGAAUACACGUUAAUUGUUGGUCCAAGUGUUGAUGACAUCCUUAAAGCUAACGAAAUUGCUGAUGUGCUUACUUCUCUCGCUUCACCAUUGUUACGCUAUUCGCAAACGAUGAUAAAAGAGAUUGAUGGAGACUCUAACAAAAUUUUGAGCGUAUUAACCGAGUUUAUCGCAGCUUUUUGUGCCAUUCUGUCGAGACAUCAGCAAGUAGAUAUGACAAAGCGUGUCUUGGCUACCAUUUGGGUUGUUUUUACAAUGGUUCUCGAAACAGAUGACAGACAAUGUUUAAGUACCCUCUUAUCUGCCUUUGCAUCUUGGGUACAGAAUUUGUCCCUUGAACAAUAUAUAAUUGUUAUUAACAGUUUCGUUGAGCAAGCCGAGGAUGAAGCCAACAAUGCUAAAUUGCAUAAAGUGGAGCAUAAUCUAACCUACUUGAUUCUUUUAUCUUCAUUAUUACGUAAUUGUGUCAAAGGUGAAAGGGUGUACCUUAAGAAACAAUUAACCAAGAUUCUAAGCAGAAUAUCGCAGAUUAUCCAUGUGACCGAUUCCCUGGAUUACAUUGGACAAAUGCUCAAGCUACUUGAUCUAAUAACUGGUGAACAAACAUACCAUUAUAAUGAAUAUGAAGUAUCUAUCAUUUUGAUGUGUCUCACGCAAAUAUUUUACCCUUCUGUUGCCGAGAAAUGGAAAUCUCAAAUGGCCCGCGCUAAAGCUCGAGAGAUUUUCAAUGAUAUUUGCUCUAUUCUUUCCAACCUAAUCAGUUUACACAAGGAACAACUUGUAUACAUGCUCUCGCCCUUUAUUGCUAUUGUUCAAUCCCUGCUCCAUUGUUUCAAGACUGCACACGUGUCUUUAGUGAAAACCUCGACAUCUAGUACUAAAAAGCGUGGUCGCGAUGAAGACGAACCAAAGAAAAUAAUACUUAAUGCAGGUCGUGGAAUAUCCUUGCUCCAAAAUUUUGCCCCUCUCGACGACAAUGCAGCACACCGUCUAGCACGAUUGCUUACAACCAUACCGCAGAAAAGUGUUACUUCAGUACAACAACAAAAGAGCGGAACAAGCGCGCAAUCCUUACAACGGAUGGUUGCUCGUCAUACGCCUUCUCUUCUUAUCGAAUAUUUCACUAUGCAAUCGAACCCUACCAUGAGUGUUUUGAAUCCAAGCACGAGGUCUAUAUUAACAAAUGCAUUAUAUGAUAUUUUAGAUUUAUGUGGGGAAGCCGACUGUAAUUAUAUUCUAUCUCAAUUAGAUGGAUCUGGUAAAGCUCUGUUUAAAUCUUUUUAUGCUAGUUGGAAAGAUAAUCACAGAUAUACUGGGCAAUAA